AUGUCGACUUCACCAGUAAUUACUUUAUUGUUCUCCCUUUUCUUUGUAUUACUAUCACCAACAUAUGCUUUUAACAUCACAGAAAUCCUCAAACCUUACAAGGACUUCAAUUUGUACAAUUACCAAUUGAGUUCAACAGGAUUGGCAAGUGAAAUCAACAACCUACAAAUCGUGACCGUCCUUGUUGUUGCCGAUUAUGAUUUGUUCGCAUUUAGACACUUGCCGGGCGAUGAUGUUAGGAGAAUCUUGGGGUUCCAUGUGAUAUUUGGUUACUAUGAUCCAACCAGGCUCAAAAGCUUGCGAUCCAGAAUAACCCUCACCACACUUUACUCAGGGGCUACCUUGACCGCGAACCGCGAGAGCAAUGGUGAAGUCACGUUUAGAUCGACUACUUCAAGUUCUAAAUUGGAUGCCACAUUUGUUCGCACCGUUGAACUUCAACCCCGUAGCAUUGCAGUAUUGCAAGUCUCCCCUUAUAUAAAAACAUCAGGCGACCUACCUUCCACUCCACCAUCACCACCACCACCACCACCACCACCACCACCACAACAAUCACCAACGUCGCUUCCCACCACUGCUUCCCCUCCGAGGAAAGCCUUAGCACCACCUCCGACCAGUCAAGAGAAGAAAUCCCCAACCCCAACUUCAUCCCCCAAUAAAUCAAGCAAUAUUGCAACAACUUCACCCCCCACUAAAGAAAGCAAUAACACUGCACCAGCUGCAUCAAAGACUAAACCCAACUCCGUAUCAUCUGGACCCCCGCCGGAAGAGAACCCAACUACUCCACCACCAAAGGCUUUGUCACCAAGGAAGGCCCUCGCACCGGCUCCUAGUGACGAAGACGAGUCUCCGGUUGCAUCCCCGCCUAAACCAAGCAGUAGUACACCAUCACCAUCACCAGCUGCUGAUGUUCCUGCUCCAGCUCCUGAUCAAAAGAGUUCUGCUACACCUAUGGCUUCCGGGAAUUAUCUUGCCUCCAUCCUUAUGAUUUCGACUGCGGCUUGGUUAUUUUUUCCCAUGAUUUGA